AAUCUAGAGUGUAGUACUAAAAUAUCAAAGUAAAAUAAUUUUGAAACAAACUAAUAUCCAUUAUCAAAACACAAAAUAAAAAAGUCUCCUAUAAUAUCUUGAAUUAAUAUACUUAUUCCACCUAACCAAUCAAAGAAUCAAAAGUGUGAAGUUGACGUGUGAAAGUCAAAAGAGUUUGGUACUAAGAGAUCUAAAACUGACCAAAUCUAAAAGCCCUACCUCUGCCAAUCCCACAAUCAUCACAUUACUGAACAGCUACUAAUUGUUUGGGAUUUAUCAAUGGCGGUGCCGGUGGUAAAGUUUCCGAUUUUCCUAUUGGUUAGAGUCAUUGGAAUUGCAGUGGCAGCGUUGGUGUUGACGUGGAAUGUGCGUUACAGAGGAGGUUUAGCACUCAUCUCUGACAACAAAGCUCAAAUCUUUAACGUUCAUCCUGUUUUAAUGGUAACCAGCCUCGUCCUUAUAAAUGGUGAAGCUAUGCUGGUGUACAAGACAGUCUCCGGAACAAAGAACUUCCGGAAAUCAGUUCAUCUUUUCCUGCAGUUCAUGGCUUUCUUUUUGAGUCUAAUUGGUCUAUGGGCUGCUUGGAAGUUUCAUAAUGACAAAGGAAUCGACAACUUUUACAGUCUUCACUCAUGGUUGGGCCUAGCUUGUCUUUUUCUAUUUGGUGUCCAGUGGGCUGUUGGUUUUGCGACUUUCUGGUAUCCAGGUGGUUCAAGGAACAGUAGAGCGACUCUCCUACCAUGGCAUGUCUUUCUUGGCAUAUAUAUAUAUGCUCUUGCUAUUGCUACUUGUGCUACUGGAUUCUUAGAGAAAGCUACAUUCCUUCAAACAAGCCACAUAAUCUCACGCUAUUCCACCGAGGCAUUACUAGUGAAUUGCUUGGGUGUCUUGAUUGUUGUUUUGGGUGGAUUGGUUAUUCUAGCCGUCAUCUCUCCAAUGAAUGGAAGAGGUGACAUUAUCAGAGAGACAGCAGAAUAAGCACUAGUCGAUAGGUACCUGAAACUUCAAUUUUGAGAUAGAGGUUAUAUAUCAAACUUCAUGUAUCAAAGGGUUUAAUUUUAUUGAAAUGUUUGUUAAGCUCCAAAAUAUAUGAUCAAGUAACAUUCAGGAGUUUGCAUUUUCUCAAGUUGAUGAAUAUUUAUUUUCUGAUUCACAUCAUGUAUGACAAUCCUUUUACGCAUCGAAGCGGGGAUCUGUGAAAAGCUACACAGGUAUUGCA